UUAAUCUCUGAAGAAACUCAGCUAGCAAUGACUCAAGCUCAUCAUCGUGACACCAUUGUUGCUGCAACUCCAAAACAACAAACAGGUUCCACUCAGGCGUGUCAUCGAUGUGGUCGAACUAAUCAUCUUUUGGCCAACUGCAAAGCAAGAUUCCAUUCCAAUGGAACUCGUCUUUCUGAUUCUCAUGCUACGACGACUACUACAUCAUCUUCCUCUACUGCACUGUGUUUGCGAUGUGGAAGGACUAAUCAUCAUGUUGAACAAUGCAAAGCAGUAUAUCUUAGCAAUGGAACACGCCUUUCUGGUUCUCGAACAACAACUACUGCUGUCACAGCUAAUACUGACUCUGUCACUACCGAAUCUUUUUCUGACAAAUUUACAUUCUCCACAGAUGAUCUUCAGGCUUUGAUCAAUCAAGAUCCUCGAACAUGUUAGAAAGUUGGGACAGGGCGUAAGAUUGGAACACUGUUUGAACUUCAAAGUCUAGAGGUUCCACAACACUUGAUCAUCGCUGCUACACCUCAAGCAACAUCAUGUUCAAAUUCUUUAGAACUAUGGCACUCUAAGUUAGGUCAUGCAUCUUUUUC